GUCACGUGGUUCUCGCACACACGCGGGAAUGAGAGUGCUGCUGCUGCUGGUUCAGUGUUUCUAAACGGGGUUAUUUUGUAUUAAACUGUAUUAAAGCAGGAUUUUAGACACUGUACACGUGGACCGUGUUUUCAUUCAAAUGUUCACAAGGAAGCUGCUGACUCUGGUGCUGGUGGUGCAGCCCGAGCGGGUGCUGCUGGGUAUGAAGAAGAGGGGCUUCGGGGCGGGGAAGUGGAACGGCUUCGGGGGGAAAGUCCAGACAGGAGAAAGCAUAGAGCAGGCAGCUCGACGGGAACUGCUGGAGGAAAGUGGGCUUACUGUAGAUACUCUACACAAGAUUGGAAAUAUCACGUUUGAGUUUGUUGGAGAUACAGAGCUGAUGGACGUCCACAUAUUCAGAGCUGACUCUUAUAAUGGCGAGCCCACCGAAUCUGAGGAAAUGAAGCCUCAGUGGUUUGACAUUGAUAAAAUCCCCUUCAGUCAGAUGUGGGCGGAUGACGUGCUGUGGUUCCCGCUGAUGCUACAGAGGAAGAAGUUCUUGGGAUACUUUAAAUUCCAGGGUCACGAUGUGAUAUUGGAACACAAACUGGACGAGGUGCAGGAGAUCUGAUCAGAUUUUCACACCUCUACUGACUGUCCUCUUCACACUAUCAGAGGGAGUGAUGGCCCCCCGUUCACACACUGUUGAGGGAAGUGAAGGAGUUCUGGGCUCAUCAAAAGAUGCCCCAUCAUCAGGUGGUCCACACUAGCGGAGAUGAACUCUUAACUUCGCUUUUGAGUUUGUUUUUGUUGUUCCAUAUUUUUCGCACUAUAAAGUGCAUCGUAUUAUAAGGCACAUUAUCAAUAAACGUCCAUUUUUAUAUAUAAAGUGCACUGGAUUAUAAGGCACAUUAUGCAACACUAGUAAGGCACAUGGGUGUCACCAUGUUUUCCUUCUAAUUCAGCAGACCUAUGAAGCUAAGUUAAGUUAAUUAAACAAAACAAAACAAAAAAACAUUUUUCAACAAGUGAUGGACGUUAAUCUACAAAAAAUUCUCUUUUGAAAACUGUUUAUUUGGGUGAGUAAAGUGCUUCCAGUUAUUUAGUUAUUAUAUAAACUUAGAUUUCCACUAAGGCUAGUCGUAGUUAGCGGCUAAUGACAACUGACAGCACUACACUGAGGAACCCUGAGUGUUCCAGUAAGCCAGGGUGCUAUCAGCUAGUGGUUUGUCCCACGUAGCUUGUUUUAACACGGCAAACACUCAGGCUACAUUCAGAUAUACUCGCCUCUGAACGUUGAAAGAGCUAGUGCUUAGCGGCUAAUGUAAAUCCUGCUCCAGCAGUGCUAGCUGGGGUUAUCAGCAGACUACAGGCUGAUAAUACCCACCUCUGAACGGCAAAAGAGCUAGCGCUUAGUGCGAUGAGCGGCUAAUGCUAAUACUGAUCCAGUCUCGGUGCUGGAGAACUAAACUGAAACUCCUGUAUAAAGCUGUACUUUAGCGCUAGGGCUUUACUGCUCAUUCAUAAGGAGCACCGCAUUAUAAGGCACACUGAUGGUUUUUGGGAAAAUGUAAGGAUUUUAAUUGCGCCUUAUAGUGCAAAAAAUACGAUAUGGUUUAAAAAUGUAGUUUGUCUUUUUUACCAUUGCAUUGCACCUUUACUGCUUGACUUUAUUGGAUUUUAGUAAUUUUUCUAUGAUUAGAUUCGAUUAGAGUUAAGGUAAGACUCUAUAACACAAUCACUAUUAAGGGUGGGAAUCACAGUACAUCUCAUGAAAACAAUUAUUAUAUUAUACUGUGAUUCUGUGAUAGUGUAUGUAUAUUGCUCAGUAUAUAAAAAGACCGUUUUCUACGAUACUUCAUGGCAUCUGUGUUACUGAAGUGGAUAAAACACUUCUAAAUAAGCAAAUAAAAAGGAUUUUACAGAAUUUAACAACCAAUAUUCUUCACCACAGGUUUUUUCGCAAUACCGAUAUCGCAAUACCGAUGUUUUGUCCCACUCCUACUCACUGAUUUUGUAAAAGCUGCUACAGGGAUCGUAUUUAAGAUUCCCAACAUAUGGCCUUUUAUAUUGCAUACAUAGUAAAUUUUCUUUGGCCAGUCAAAGCGGUGCAAACUUUACAGAUCAGAUUUAGUCCCAAAUCUAAGUUUUAGUCCCGAUUAAGUACCGUAUUU